AUGUCCCGGGAGUGCGGGGGCACCGUCGGCAGGUGCCACGCGAAGCCAGCCGACCGCGUUCGUGGCGGAGUGUGCCAGCGAUGCCUGGACAAGUCAGCGGCUCACAUCCAGGCGUGGGCACGUGGCCGCAGGGACAGGAGGCGCGUGGCGGGCAUGAGGAGGCACAAGCGGCACCUCGACAGGAUGGCCCGGCGCAUCCAGCGCUGGGUGGGCACGUGGUCGUCCAUUGUUUUGCUGAGGCAGCGGCGGGGCUCGCAGCGCGCGGAGGCCGCCGCGGCCGCCGCCGCGACCUCCAUCCAGAAG